UGGCUGUCGGUGGUCUCCGAGGUGCUCUAUAUUCUCCUGCUGGUGGUUGGCUUCAGCCUCAUGUGUCUCGAGCUCUUCCACUCCAGCAACGUCAUCGAUGGGCUCAAACUCAAUGCCUUCGCAGCUGUCUUCACAGUGCUCUCAGGCCUCCUGGGAAUGGUCGCUCACAUGAUGUACACACAAGUGUUCCAGGUCACCGUGAGCCUUGGCCCUGAAGACUGGAGGCCCCAUUCCUGGGACUACGGGUGGUCCUUCUGCCUGGCGUGGGGCUCCUUUACCUGCUGCAUGGCAGCCUCUGUCACCACGCUCAACUCCUACACCAAGACGGUCAUUGAGUUCCGGCACAAGCGCAAAGUCUUUGAGCAGGGCUACCGGGAGGAGCCGACCUUCAUAGACCCUGAGGCCAUCAAGUACUUCCGGGAGAGGAUCGAGAAGGGAGAUGGGAACGAGGAGGAGGACUUCCGCUUAGAUUGCCGCCCUGAGAGAUACCCCACCCGUAAGUGGCCUCAUCCGCAGGAGCCUGGUCUACAGACUCGUGGGCUGCCUGAGGAGAAAGAACCCCUGGAGAUGGGCCAGGCCAGCGUUCCCCUACCCCUGCAUUCUCCCACAGACACACACUAA